GUGGCACGGGGAGGGUGUGCGCGUAGCUCGCUCUACUCAGUGUAACCAUGCAGUGAUAAAACGUGGUGUCACCCACCGAGGAGUGUAUUUAGUGCUCGGAACAUGGGUCCCUACGGAGGUGAUAGUGUAAUUGUCAUGGGCAAUCGCAGCCGACUCAAAAUGUGAGGCAAGGCCGUGCCCACCUUUCGAGUCUUCCUUGAAUAGCCGAAAGCAAAUCUCGGCGGACGCAAACGGGAGGUACCAAGCCGACCGCUUUGUUAAUUUAAUUUAUUACAUAUUAUACGCUUGAUAUACAAGUGUGUACUCCUGAGUGGAGGCACAAUUAACACAAAUAGUUUACAAUGAGUGCCAAAGUGUGUGGUUAUUUGACGCUAGUGGUGGUGGUGUGUGUGGAGAUAAUGUGCGUGUGUCGCCUUGGCACCUGCACGAAGAUGCAUUAUAUCCACUGGAAUACUACAAAUCCAAUAUUCCGGAUAGACAACACAGAUCACAUCAUAGACGUGAACAAGGGCAACGUACCCUUCGAGUACGACCAGGUCAACAUUAUAUGUCCUGUAUACAACAAAGACACCUCGGACGAGGAGGCCGAGAAGUACAUCAUCUACAAUGUGAGCAAGGAGGAGUAUGACACUUGUCGCAUCACCAACCCGUCGCCGCGGGUCAUAGCUGUGUGUGAUAAGCCGUACAAACUCAUGUACUUCACCAUUACCUUCCGAUCCUUCACGCCUCAGCCUGGAGGCCUGGAGUUCCACCCAGGCCAGGACUACUACUUCAUUUCGACGUCGGGCAAGGAUGACCUGCACCGCCGAAUCGGAGGCCGCUGCUCGUCGCACCACAUGAAGGUGGUAUUCAAGGUGUGCUGCGACCCGGAGUCCCAGCCGGCCCAGGACCAGGCGAACAACCACAUCCCCAACAACGGCCUGUCCACCCCUAGAGGCACCACCACUACUACCACCUCCACCACCAAGUCUACUACCACUACUACUACCCCUAAGACCACCACCACUUCCACUACCACCACCUCCCUCAGCACCACUUCCCUAAAGACCACCUCUCACAAGAGUGCUGAUCCCCAUACCAUCAAGACCACCACUAAGAAGACAGAUACACAUCAGCCUGACCGAAGGGAAAAUGAGGUGGUGAAGAAUGAGGAACUAACAUUGAAUGCAUCUCCACAGUCUGCCACCUUGUCCUUCAUGACAGCAUUCUGUCUCUUGCUGCCCCUGGCAGUGUCCAGGUUCCUCACCACACAUUCCUAAGAGCAGUACAGCCAGGCAACAUGAAUAUCAAUAUGCCAGAGUGUUAUUUUACACAUUGAAAUGUUGAAAAUUUUGCUAGUGGAAAAGAAAAAAAUCUAUCAACUGUUGUCUGGAUUACAAAGAAAUGGGGUUUCAAGUGUAGAAAAUACACAUUAAAA